CUAUUAUAUGCCUUUUCAAGGGUUCAAGUUAACCUGGACAACUUUUACUGAAAAAAAGGAAACACGUGCUAGAUCUUGCUUGGGUCACUAUAAAUUGGCGUUCUGAGGAUUUAGGUUUUGGAUGUGGGUCUAAUCAAGUAGUCACGAGUACUCAGAGAGAAUCAUCAAAUGGCCGAGCUGUGGGUUGUGUCGGAUGAGAAAAGGAGGUUGAAGAAGGGCGCUUGGAGUGCAGCGGAAGAUGAAAAGCUCACUGCUUAUAUCAAGAGGCAUGGCAUUUGGAAUUGGAGCCGCAUGGCUGAACCAGCAGGACUGAAAAGAAGUGGGAAAAGUUGCCGACUUCGGUGGAUGAACUAUCUGAGGCCCAACCUUAGGCAUGGAAAUUUCACCAAAGAAGAGGAUGAAACCAUCAUCAAGCUUCACGAAGUUCUGGGAAACAAAUGGUCUGCAAUCGCAUCAAAACUUGUCGGAAGGACAGACAAUGAAGUGAAGAAUUACUGGAACAGCCGCUUGAAGAAGCGGUUCAAGGGAAAACCGAUGCAAAAGCCAAGAAAUUCCGUAGACGCAAGGGCGAGUAACAGUGUUGACGCCAAUCAUGAGAGUUCAUCUCAAGGGGAAGAGGGUAGGUCAACUCCCACUUCAAUUCCAGUACAAUUGUCGAAUCUCGGAGAUUUUACCGGAAAUCUGACUUCAAGCCCAGAUAAAUUUGGCGCAUCGAGCUCUAAUCAAUCCAUCGGAAUCCAUGGGGACAAGGAAAACUCCUUUGAGAACUAUUUGUGUUCAUCAUACGUGGAUGAUGAAGUCCAAAGCUAUUUGUGGGCACAACACUUUCCUGUGGAUGAUGCAUACAUGGUACAAGAUCUAAAUGCUUUUUUCAUCGACUCGACGACUACGGUAUCAUAUCCUGGGUGGCCAUCGGAGACAACAUUUUUUGCUGCUUCCUUGGAAGAUUUUGCCGUUAAUCUGUGGGAAAAUUGAUGGCCAUCCAUUCACCCUAACAAGAUGCCGAGUAUUGGUUUUUCGUUAUGUUUUGAAUUCUAGUAUUUGUUUGAACGUACAGUACGGCAGUUCAUGCCUUAAUAAAGAGGAGGAAGUAUGGAUCUCUCCAAGGUUGUGAAGCUAGCUAUGCAAGUUUAUGUAACUGAGGACCGAAAGUCAUUAUUGUAUAGCAAAUGAUGGUCUUUUGAGAGCUUCAUGAUGUUAGAUUUUGAAGAUUGAGAAUGCAAACGUUAUUUCAUAUAA